UAUAUAUAGUUAUAUAUAUUUAUACUUUUGCUUUAUUUGUUUAAUUUGACAACCUGCUACGUCUGUGUCUGAAGUACGACAUCUUAUAGGGGUGAGUCUCGAGUGUGUGCAUUGAACAUUGUGCAAAUGCUAAGCUAAUUCUGGUUAUGGUUACAAUAAGCUUAGCCCCCCCCAAAUAAAUAUACCUGCCAAUACAGAUAUAUUUUUGGGUACAUAGUUUAACUUGUUGUGAACUUCAUCUGUGCCCUUGCGUCAGUCUCUGGUUGGCUGUGCCGUGGCUCUCUCUUUGGAAAAUUUACAUUUUCAGUAAUGAUUGUUGUUGGAUUUAUGUGGCCUUGUUUUUUGUUUUUGUUUUUAUGAACACACAUGCACACACACACGAAUCCCACAACACCUCUUGAAGGCGCCGUAAGAUUUGUGUCGUCAUUGUUUGUAGCGUUCUGCCAGUUUCACUAGCUGCUAUUUGUCACCAUUGCUGAGAAAACCCCUCAUACAUUUCCACAAGCCAUGUGUUUAAAAAGUCACAAAACGUGUUGUAACUGUACUGUUGUUGAUGAUGAUGACUUUUUUGUUGUUGUUUUUUAAGCAGGAGUGAUUGGCUGUGUGUUUUGUUGCUUGUUUUUUUAUGAGUGUGUUUUGGUUCAGUCCAGAUGCAGAGCAUUAUGUUAGUGUGCAGAUGGCAACGCUGGACCCCGGGACAUACACAUGCUCAUGUUUAUUCAGCUCUAUGAGUGACCUGCUCUUUUCCUUACCUCCUCACAACACAGCACCGUAACCAUAAUCCGUGACAACACGUUCACCUUCACUUUCUCCCACGGGUUCGCCUGCUCUACUUCUUUCCUUUUUUUUUUUUUUAAAUCUGCAUUUUGUUUCAACUUGAUCACCCAAAAUUAUUCUGCUUUGAGGAAGUUUCAUUCUCUUCCAUCAACUUCUCUGAACACUGGUGGCCUAACCAAACCUUUGUGGUGAUUGUUGUUGUUUGCCCCCACCUGGGCUGCCAACACUCUUCACAGUGAACUCCUUCCAAAACGAGGCAGCAGCCACCCACGUUUGGAAUAUGCGUACUAGAUGGCCUAGUAUAAAACAUCAAAAACGAAAGGUCCGCCCACCUACAUGCAGUCACACACUCAAAUAACUCCCCUGCUGUGGGUAAAAACACACACUCUAGAGCCAUGACGGGAUUUUGAUGAGCACUCUGGCCCACACACACACACACACACACACACACACACACACACACACACACACACACACACACACACACACACACACACACACACACACACACUGUAUAUAUACAUUUUACUGUUGAGGAGGAAUAAUUUGUAUUCUGCUUUCAGAAUAAAUAUGAGUCAGAGCAACAGAAAACUCACCGAGGGGCACACAUAGCUGCUCAUGCAUGUAAUGCAUACAGUAUUACCCAUGCGGUGUGCACACACACACGCGCGCACACACAUCAUAACCGUGUUAUGUACUACCUGUAACCUACUUAUGCCAGUGCGCACUCACCCACUCUAUUUCUCUGCUUCUCCCACACAGUCAGACUGACACAUACAUUUACCACAUGCAUGCACACACACACACGUGCUGCAAGACUAAUGUGCUUACUCAUCAAUGCAAACGCACAUGCAUGCGUAGGAGAUCAGGGCACCGUAAGUAGACACAGGCAGGUUUGAGAGGAGAGCAGGAGAGGGUGUGUGCGUGCGGGAGAUAACCAGCAUGUAGAGCUGCUUAGAGGGUGGAGAUAGCUGAUUGUCAGAGGCUCACAAAGCACAUCAGAAAAGAUUUCUUUUCUUCCACUUGUUGGAUUGAAACGUGUGCAGAUGGCGAUUUUUCCAUCUGAUGUCGCACUUUGAGAUUACUUUAAUGGGUAUGAUUUAAUGUAAUGGGUAUGAUGCUGGUGUAGGCGUAGCAGUCUCCAUCAGAGUCAUCUCCUGAGUUGAAGCAUAUGGAUACUGUUGCAUCAAAGUGUGGUGAAUGCUUGGGGCGAGGAAAAACAAUCACUGAUGCUCUACAGGGUGGAGCAGGGCGUUAGAGCUGCCGCCUCAGAGCAGGAGGGCUUCUGUUUGAACUCUGCUAGCUGGUUGGGGGUCUUCCUGUGUGGAGUUAGCAUGUUCUCCGUGUCCUCCACAGUCCAAAGACAUGCAUGUUUGAUUAACUAUUGAAGUAUGUCUGUGAACAUUAAGGGUUGUCUGUCUCUCAGUGUUAGCCUUGCAUUGGACUGAUGAGCUGUCUGGGGUGUGUCCUCCAUCUUGCCCAGAGACAGCUGGGAUGGGCUUCUGAGUGGCUGGAGUGGUGGGGCUUAAUAGGCUGUUAAGAAAAUGGAUGGAAUGUGUUGCAUGACUUCCACUUGCAGCACCGUUAUUGAUAAUAGUUACAGUUACAUAGUUAUUGAUGGUGGAGCAAGGUGAGCAAGCAUAGGCUCACAUGGGAGGACACAGUAGAUCAUACUGAUGUGCACAGAUAUCACAGUGAGGUCAAUAAACACACUAUUCUUCUGUUUUAUCCUACCUUUUUAAGACCGUUGCUUUUGUCACACGUUGACUUGUAGGUUAUGGUCAUGACUGGUAUUCAGCGUCGCAGACCCACUGUACUGUUUAAUUAAAUGCCAAGUAUGGUUAUAGUGUCACACAUGAGUUACUGUGAAUCCCACCAGGAGCUCUGAAACGUUUUGAGGCCAAGAUGGAAAACUUGCCAAGGGAAUGUGUUAUAAUCCAAACAUGAGUUUAACAAGCGCUUAAUGGUUAUGUUACGCUCGUCACAGACGUCAUUGCAUCAGAUGCAUUUGAGCUCAUGUCACAAUCACUUAAGAAGUUCUAUUGGCACAAAGCGUGGGACUAAUGGGGACAGUAUACUAAACAUUUUAUUUAUAGCUAAUUAUUUUGGGGGUUUGUCUAAACAGUGUUCUCCUUCUGCAGCGAUUGCUGUUAUAGAAGCAGAUUUUAAUGCCAGUAUUUAAACAUCAGCAGUUUUUCCUGACGUUUUUUAUGGGUUGUUUUUUAUUAACUCUGCCCGACUGUUCUCAGAUCAGCUUGUUGUUGUCUGUCUAUUGUAAGAGGCAAGUUGGAUUUUGCCCAUUGGUGGACAAGCUUUGCAACAUGAACAGUCAUAUUGUGGUUGAAGGGUGCUUCUCUCAUCUCUUUACUUUCAUUUUCAUUCAUUGGCCAUCUUAAAUGCUGAUGAAUGUGCAGAUAGAUGAUAAUAUUGGGAUGCUGAUAAAUCGGUUCUAAAAAGUGACGGUAAAACUUUAAACAGGAUUCCCCUAACGUGAUGGCUGUGAAUGCUACAGUGUUGACUUCUUCUGUAAACACUUUACUGAAGAGCUUUUGGUGGUUUGGGCAAAACUUUAAGUAUAUUUUGCAAAUUCUGGUCGUUUUAAGUGUCUUGACAGGAGAUGUAUGGAGGAUAUGCUCACUGGCCUGUGAGUGUGCGGUUUCACGCUCAGAUCUGCUCUUUGCUCAUUUUCAUAUUGGUAUUUGAGUCCCAUUAAGGGGCUGAUUACUGGUAAAUAACAAGUUAGCCAAUAAAGCCUUUUCAUUACUUUAAGCCUUCAUCAGUUCUCCCCUGAUCAACAAGCUGUGUAAUGGAUACUCUGUUACUAAAUGACCCCAAACCAAGUUUUACAUUCAUGCACAUUUACUGUUAGCCAUGAUGUACAACACAGCAUCCUUGCAACUGCAGCUACAUCUUAUUAAUAGCUUCUCCUAGCAUAGAUGGAGGAUGUGAUUUGUCGUUCUUGUCAAUUAAGGCGGUGAGAUAAGCGUUUUACGUCACUGUGCUCGGGUAUUACGCUGCUCAAGCUUUUGUUGUCAUCUUGUGGUAAUGAUCUAUUUCCUCUUGUGAAGAACUUUGAGCUCAGUAAUUGGGGCAACAGCGGUGUGCAACAACAACAAACAAAAAGAAAAAACCAGAGCGUAACCACCGCAGACACAGCGGACGUGCAGAUGCAUGAUGUGAUGUGCUUGUUAGACCACUAAACCAUGAGGACGCCCCAGUUAUUCUGCUGCUGCUGCUGUAAACAGCACAGAGGUCCCACUGCCCAGGACAUUCAUCCUGUUAAUUAAUGAGGGUAUUUGGCACAAUCAAUUUAGCUUUGUAGCUCAUAAACCAAAAGACCGUCAGCACAGCAACCAGGCAAGAAUCGAAACCAAAAUAGACACGACCGAGAGAGCCAGGACGUGUGGAGUGUGGGCCGGACUGGAACGUGACCAAACGACUGAAAAUCCGAUGUUGGUAUCAACUGUGGAGGGGAAAAACAAACCCAUUAAAAACAAGAGGAGAGGAAGGAGAAGCUGCGUGAUGGGAUGGAAGGAAACAGAGGCGCUAUCUGAUGAGACAGAUGGAGAGGAUGGAGAAUCGCCGAUUGCCAGAGGAGAAAUGGAAAAAGCCUCGGAUGGAGAGUGGGAAGUGGGCAGGAGAUGAGAGGCAGAAGGAGAGAGAGAGUCCUGCUUUUUGUUGGCGAACAGUGUUGGACAGCUUGAAGGAGAUAAGAGAAAAGAGGGGGAAAUGAGGAGUAUGCAGAGGAGUGCACGCUUGCAGGAGGUCCUAAUGCAUUACGCCAGUGUGACUGUGACCCAGCUGUCAAGAGCCUGCCAUCCUUUGAUGGAAGGGACACACCUUCAGAAUGGAUUGAUUAGGUUUACACUGAAACCCACCUAAACACUCAAUUUAAGGCAAUUAUUGAUAGAAGCAGUUUCUGCCUGUUUCUCUCAUGCAAACUCAUGCAUGCACACACAUGGAAAAGGGAAAUGCCACAGAGGAGGAACAGAUUGACGGCUUCAUUUUGCAUCUAAUAUUCCUGAACAGAAUAUUCAGGUUUUUAAAAAAGGAGGGAAAAAAGUCUCUUUAAUCGCCAAGCUGAUCCUCAGUAGCUGCUCUGCACUCGCGUGUCUCACAGCACAUUUAAUUAUAGCCCCUUACUUAAAAAGCACUUCUCCCAGAUUGUCGCAAAAGCUCCUGAAACUAAAACAACAAAAGCAGACGUGGACGGAAAGAUUAGGACGACAAGAGGCCGCCGUCUCUCCCAGAGCCCAUUAGCUGAUGAAAAGUAGCUUAGUAUUACUGUUUUUAUUUAUUGAAAACAGUAAUACUUGUGUGCCAAGGCUUUUCAAUCUGACCCUGAAGAAGCUGAUCAUGCUGAAGGAGCUGGAUAAGGACCUCACCUCAGUCGUCAUCGCGGUCAAACUGCAGGGCUCCAAGCGGAUCCUGCGCUCCAAUGAGAUCUUGCUGUCCUCAGCAGGACUGACGGAGACCGAUCUGCAGCUCACCUUCUCCCUCCAGUAUCCACAUUUCUUGAAGAGAGAUGCCAACAAGCUUCAGAUCAUGCUGCAGAGGCGCAAGCGAUACAAGAACAGGACCAUCCUGGGCUACAAGACCCUGGCUUUGGGUCUAAUCAACAUGGCCGAGGUGAUGCAGCACCCCAGCGAGGGAGCCCAGAUCCUGGGGCUGCACAGCCAGGUGAAGGAUGCCUCAGUGCCCGUGGCUGAGAUCAGAGUCUACUCCCUGUCGAGUCAGCCCAUCGAUCACGAGGGACCUAAAGCAAAGAUGUCUGAUCGUUCUCCAGACAUCGACAACUACUCUGAAGAAGAGGAGGAGAGCUACUCGUCAGAGCAGGAAGGCAGCGACGACCCCAUUCACGGGCAGUAUCUGUUUGAUGAAGACGAGGAGGUGAGGAAGAAGAAGCCGAGGCGUAAGCUGCCUUCCAACGCUGGUAUCACCAGGCAACCCAACAUCAAACAGAAGUUUGUCGCCUUGCUGAAAAGGUUUAAAGUCACAGAUGAGGUUGGUUUUGGCCUGGAGCACGUGUCCAGGGAGCAGAUCCAGGAGGUGGAGGAGGACCUGGACGAGCUGUACGACAGCCUGGAGAUGUACAACCCGAGCGACAGCGGGCCGGAGCUGGACGAGACCGACAGCAUCCUGAGCACGCCCAAACCUAAGCUGAGGCCGUUCUUUGAGGGAAUGUCUCAGUCGAGCUCUCAGACGGAGAUCGGCAGCCUGAACAGCAAAGGCAGUUUGGGCAGAGACACGUUCAGUCCGCAGGGGGAGCAGCCUCUUCUGGAGAAGAUGAAACCUUCCCGAAGCCGCAACCUGGAUGAGAUCCCGUCUGAGACCGACACGCUGGAGCUAACAGACCAGGAGCUGUUCGCUGAAGUCGGCCCGUGCAUCAUGGUGUCCGUGGCAGAAAAACCCCGUACACCCAUUAAGAGCAGCAAAGGUGAAGCACAGCCGAUGGCAUCGCCGAGGUUGGAUGGAGGCCAUACACCAAGGCAGAAGCGCAUUAGCACUCCGAUGAAGGAGAGACAGCUGUCCAAACCUCUCAGUGAGCGGACCAACAGCUCCGACUCUGAGAGGUCCCCGGAGCUGGGACACAGCACGCCGGUUCUGAGGAAAGCAGUGUACGAUCAGCUUAACCAGAUUUUGUUGUCGGACUCGGCGCUCCCAGAGAGCCUCAUUUUAGUCAACAGCACAGACUGGCAGGGGCAGUAUGUUGCAGAGCAGCUCCAGGUACAGAGACACCCGGUGGUCUGCACGUGCUCAGCAGCUGAAAUACAGGCGGUGCUGUCUGCUGUGCUCACUCGCAUCCAGAAGUUCUGCAACUGUAACUCGUCCAUGCCCAGACCAGUGAAGGUGGUGGCGGUGGGCAGCCAGAGCUACCUGGGAGCCAUCCUGCAGUUCUUCGUCACCCAGCUCGCCAACAAGACGUCUGACUGGCUGAACCACAUGCGCUUCCUGGUGGUGCCGCUGGGCUCUCAUCCUGUGGCUAAACACCUCGGAGCCCUCGACAAUCGCUACAGCUCCUCCUUUCUGGACGGGGCGUGGAGAGACGUGUUCAGUCGCUCAGAGCCGCCGCAGACAGAUCAGUUGGAUGUGGCAGGAAGAAUUUCCCAAUACAUCAGCGGAGCUACAGUAACACACCAGCUGCCCAUCGCCGAGGCCAUGCUAACCUGCAAGCACAGAACGCGAGAUGAAGACUCCUACCAGAAGUUCAUUCCUUUUAUUGGGGUGGUGAAGGUUGGUCUGAUCGAGUCUGGUCAGUCUCCAACAGGAGAUGCAGAGGAGGGUGUAGCAGUGAGCCUCGCUGUCCCCUCCACAUCACCACCCUCCCACGGCUCUCCCACCGGGAUGAUCAAAGAGACAGCCACGCCUCCCUCCUCUCCCUCCAUGGGGAGUGUGCUCACAGUUCAAGGGAGCCCCAGCAUGUCCCACGGCGUGGACGCCAUCGGCCUGCAGGUGGAUUACUGGCUGGCCUCUCUGGCAGAGAAGCGGCGGGAGGGAGAGCGACGCGACACGGGCUGCAAGAACACGCUGAAGAGCGCCUUCCGCUCGCUGCAGGUCAGCAGGCUACCAGGCGGGGGCAGCAGCGAUCCACAGGCCCAGGUCAGCACCAUGGCCAUGACUGUGGUCACCAAGGAGAAGAACAAAAAAGUUCCUACCAUCUUCUUGGGGAAGAAGCCCAAAGAGAAGGACGUAGACUCCAAGAGCCAGGUCAUCGAAGGCAUCAGUCGACUCAUCUGCUCGGCCAAGCAGCAGCAGACCAUCCUGAAAGUGUCCAUAGACGGCGUCGAGUGGAACGACGUCAAGUUCUUCCAGCUGGCCGCCCAGUGGCCCACUCACGUCAAAUACCUACCUGUCGGACUUUUCGGCUACAGCAAGCCUCCCUCGUAGGGCCGAGCGCCUCGACUCCUCUAACCUGACCUGACCUUUCGACUGCCCUCCACACAAACCCCACCUCUCAGCCGCCCGCAGAGCUGAGGGAGGACAUAAAGCAGCUGGACUUUCUCCUUUUCCUUAAUCUCAUUUUGGCUUCAGUUGUCUUAUUUGUCUUUAGGGAGAGGAGGGAGGGUAGCGCUGGGGUGCAGUGCUGUUACUAGUCACUUUAUUAUUGCCCCCUUUCUGUGUGUGUCGGUGUGCUCCGUGAGUAUGCAUGCACACGUGAAUGUACAGUAUGUGUGUGUGUGUGUGUGUGUUUACAAGGGGACCACAGCACAAGAUUAUUAGCUAACUGCCUUUUAUGUUUCCGUUCUAUGGAAUGCAGCAGCAUGCAACCACUCACCGGUUUCAAAGACUGCCCCCGCCCCCCUCAGAAGACCCCCGAUCCUCACAUGCAUGCUCUAAACUAACAGAUACACCAACCAUGUGCCGCAAACAAACUCCAAAUUAGUGCAACAGCGCCUCAGCGUGUGCACAAGUCACUAAGAACGUGCAGCCAAAUAACAAAGCUGGCGUUUUAAUGGAUUCCCCCCCCCCUCACCCUAUGUUAGCAGAAAAAAAAAUGCCCUUCAACAAAUCCUGUUGGUUUAUUUUUUAAUUUCAAGGGCUUCCAUACUAUAUCUAUAUAUAUAUUUCCUCUGUAGGUGAUUUGGAUGUCUAAUGGCAAAUAUUUCCUCUUAAGAAAACCAAAAAAAAAGAGAAAAAAACAACAACCUGUAAAUGUCAAGUGUCCUUUAAAAAAAAAGUGCAGUAGUGAGAAAUGUCCAACCCUUCCCUGCAAAGCUGUGUCGUGAUGCAUAGUGUUUGUUACUGUGAAGAGAUCCAAGACAUCAGGGCAGGGGCUACCGUAGUGUGCAUUUUCUUUCAUCUUUAUUUGCUAUGCACUUACCGUACGAUUACACGUGGACCGUUUUGGGUGUUUAAAAAAAUAACAAUAAAAGUUUAACUCUCGUUAACAGCAGAAAUAAAUACAUAUGCAACAGAAAGCAGCAAAAUGCAUGUUUAAACCAUCCGAAACUCUUACAGCACUUAACGGGAAAAGCUGUUGUUUUUUCUUUCAGUGUUCGCGCUGUAAAAAUGGGAGUUAGUUACUUGCAGUGAAGCACAACGUUGUGGCCGAUGUCCCCCCCACCCCCACCUGAAAAAAAAAAACCUGUCUUCAUUUUAUUGGCUAGACUGGCAGCUUUGUUUUCAGUGGGAACAGCAGACCUGGUGGAAACUCACAGAGCGUGCUCGUUGUCUUUCAGCUCCUUACUGACCUUUUUUCGUUGUUGUUUGUUUUUGCCUCUCCACUACACGCUUUCUCUAGGAUGUCAUGAGGUGAUUAGUGAGUGUACAGUAACUGGUAACAAGUGUGUGUUUGUGUGUGUGUGGUGUGAAAUACAUGUAAUGUGAUCAGAAACUUUAAAAAAAAAAAUCACUUGAGAGGAGGAAUUGUUUUUUUUACCAUGUGACAGAGGGCAUGCAGCUGGUGUGUAAGUGUGCGUGUGUGUUGAUGUCAGUGACUAUUUGAUUAGAGCUGCAAAAGCUGCAGUGGUCAUCUUGUUCACUUUGUAGACUGGCACAAGGCGAAUACAGUUUGUUUUUCUUGAUUAAACAGUAAAAAUUGGACAAGCUUGAAGGUUAACUGAACUUUUAAUGACAGAGGGAACCAUUGGAGCUAAAAUCUAAGAAUGUUUGUGGAUUUAUAACAGUCGUUUUUAAUGAUUCUGCCUUGUGUCACCUACAUCAUAACACUCUCCAGUGAAGUAUUACUAAUACAGCUUUUUUAAAAUAGUGUUAAUGCCAAUUUCUUGGUUUAAAUGACUUUUUUUUGGUUUGUUUGAAAGUCGAUCUCAAAGUGUUUUUUUGUUUCUUUUUCUCCUGUGUCGGCGUUUAAAGUGUUACAGUUGUGAUGUCGGCGGCACAUGUCCAUCUCUGUUUUUCCUCUCCUGUUACACAACGCUUCGCUAACGAGCGGUCACCACCGAGCAAACACUCAGCUAGCUGCGGAUUGAUUUUUUUCUUUUCUUUUUUUUUCCUUUCCUGUUUAAGGAAUUCAAAAAAAUUUGAAUGUAUUGAAUUCAGUUUACGUGUGAACGACUGAUUAGUUUUGUUAAGACAGUAGAGAUCACAGACUUUUAGAAAUGAGGCUCCUCUUUUUCCUCGUGAUGACAACCACUGAAGGCCCUUACAGACAGAGAGCUGCCUUACAUACAAUAUGUCGGGUUUUAGGGUUCCUGGAUGAUGGACUGUGGUUUGACGUAGAGGUUGCUCGAUCCAAACUAAAAACAGGAGGUUUCAUUCCACUACUAAUUCCUUUAAAAGAUACUGGCUUAAGCGUAAAAUGCCUCCUGGAAACCGAGAGGAGAAACUUAAGCGUCAAAUAAGAGUUGGUGGAGACCAAAACUGAGCUAAAAGCAUAUUCUGUUGUGUCCCCCUCUUUAGAAACUAAAACAGUUCCCACUCCACAUUUUAACUCCUUCCAGUAAAGUCAGCCAGAGUUGAGUUUCUGCAUCAUUAGGUCAGCAAAAUAAGAACUGUGAAAAUAAUGAUUAAAAUACUAGAUGCACUAUAUGGACAAAAGACCUGAGUCAGCUACAUGUUACACAUGGAAACGCAUGCUGUGAAGCUCCCGGCGCACAGUUUUUGUGCUGAUGUUAAUGUCUAUGCCAUAUCCCUCAUCGCUCGGUGACCCCACUCUGGAACUUUAUGUGGUCGGGAACUUCGUGGAUAAGUUGCCAUGGUUACUCCUGUUUAGUAAUAGUACUUACAGCUGACAGUGGGAUAUUAAAGAGGGAAAUACUUCAAUGGUGGCACCCUGUUACAGCACCUCACUCAAAUUCAGUGAGCUCUUUGCCCAUUCUUUCACAGAUGUUGUAAAGGCAGACUGUCUGGCUAGAUGAAUGAUUUUUGUGGCAACGGGUCUGAAAACAGUUGAAUUCAAACAUUAGGAGGUGUGUCUCAAUACUUUUGUCCAUAUAAUGUAUAUUAGGACUCAGUCAAUGAGGCAGUGGUUCUUUUCCCCACUACAUGGCAACCUCAAAACUAUUUGCUAAAUGUAUGAACUCGUAGUGUUGAAAUAGUAGGUUUUUCUAACUUUAGUAUGGAAGUGUGGUACGGCAUUUUUAAAUUUGCGAAAUUUGUACAAUAUUUGGAACGAAACCUUCAACUUUUUAACGUAAAUUGCAGCUGGGCUCGAGUAUCUGCUGUUGGAAGAGACCUCUAAUUGAGUCAAAAUGCUCUUUGCCUUGUAGUAUUGUUAGCCAAAUUAUUGCGAUGAUGCGAUUUCCUGAAAUUAAGCGUAGUCUUUUCAUGCCUCUUCAACUUGUGCGCUCAGAGGGAGAUCACUGAAACUGAGCAUUAGAGGGAUUAAAAAUCACUGCCAGAAACUAAAAUGUGAAGAAAUUGUGAGAAUAUCCAGAGAUAUGUGAGUUUUUGGUGGAUGCUGAUAGCCUGAAAACACCCUACAUUAACAGCAAAGUGAUCCUUGUUUUGAAGUUAUUGCAUUGUCAACACAGUCUCAUUCCUUAUCACCUAACAAAAACUGAUUUCACCCCAUUUACAUGUUCUCCUGCCGUCUCUCUGAACAAGCUGGUUGUUCUGUGUAAGUCCUGAAAGUGUUGCUGUGUAUUUCUUUUUUUUUUUUUAAUACCUGUACCUCCGUACCUGUGUCAAUGUGUUUGUGACGAUGGUUCCUCUGUCCUUGACUAGUCGUGGUUAGAGAUUAGGAGCUGUUCGGUCCAUCAGUAAUCUGUCAGUGGUCAGCAGUGUCUUUCUCUCUCUGCCAUCCUUCUGGUGAUGAGAGUCUUCUUCUUCACCAAGCCUCCACAAGCUCACCUUUCUGAGAGCAUGCCGUUACCCCCUCACACGUUUUAAUUUAAUUUAAUUUUGCCACCUGUCUUCAUGAAAAUGUGAGUUACCUGUGAAAGCAGUAGAUUUCUACCCGACCGAGGUUCUGC